AAAUCUUACCUUUAUAAACCACACAAUUACAGUUCCUGUUUUCUUCUCUGAGUGAGCCCUUUAUCUUCUCGCUUUUUUUUCUCCAUUUUCCAGCACUCAAUCUCUCACGAGACUGUAAGCCUAGAGAGAAGCAGAUUCAGGGCAAAAAUGGCCUCGUCCAAUGCAACUGCACCGAGGCAGCUGUCUCAAAAGGAGGCCGACAUUCAGAUGAUGUUGGCUGCCGAAGUCCAUCUGGGAACCAAAAACUGCGAUUUCCAGAUGGAGCGGUAUGUUUUCAAGAGGAGGAAUGAUGGUAUUUAUAUCAUCAACCUUGGCAAGACAUGGGAAAAGCUUCAGAUGGCAGCCAGAGUUAUUGUUGCUGUUGAGAACCCGCAGGACAUUAUUGUCCAAUCAGCCAGACCAUAUGGUCAGAGAGCUGUUCUGAAAUUUGCCCAGUACACUGGUGCCCACGCUAUUGCAGGGAGGCAUACUCCUGGUACAUUCACCAAUCAGCUCCAGACAUCAUUCAGUGAGCCUCGUCUCCUUAUCCUGACAGAUCCUAGAACUGAUCACCAGCCUAUUAAGGAAGCAGCUCUCGGUAACAUUCCCACCAUUGCCUUCUGUGAUACUGACUCACCAAUGCGUUAUGUUGAUAUUGGUAUCCCUGCCAAUAACAAGGGAAAGCACAGCAUUGGGUGUCUUUUCUGGCUAUUGGCAAGAAUGGUUCUGCAGAUGCGGGGCACAAUUCGUCCUGGCCAUAAGUGGGAUGUCAUGGUCGACUUGUUCUUCUACAGAGAACCCGAGGAGGCCAAGCAAGCUGAAGAAGAAGAGCUCGCUGCUCCCAUUGAAUAUGGAAGUGCAGUAGCUCCUGAUUAUGCCAUGAACUUGGAUAGUCAGCAAUGGCCUACCCAAAUCUCUGAUGCACAGUGGCCUGGUGAAGUUCAGAAUCCCAUUGCUGCUGUUCCUGGGGUUUCCUAUUUCCCAGAAGUUCCCUUGGCUACUGGAGAAGGAUGGGAUGCUGUGCCUCCUCCACAAAUGGCUGCAGUUGUUCCGGCUGGAGUUGUUCUGGACGUUCCUGCCCCGCAAGCCCCGCAAGCACCGCAAGCUACUGGCUGGGGGGACUAAGUGCAGCAUUUCACUUUGAGUUUUGUCGUGACCACCCAUUCCCUACCAUUCCUUUAUAAUUUAAAGCCUAGUUUUGAACUAUUAUUAUCUUAUGUUCUGGUAAAGAACUUGGUUUUCUGGCACAGUUUAGUUCUGGACAAUGGGACUUAGGUUUUGUUAUUCAUGAUUAUGGUGGUAUCUGAAGUGAUGAAUAUUUUGUAAUGUUACAAUUAUUUUUCCGAAGUUGCCCAAGUAUUUGUUUGUCAA